AAAUAAAAUGUCAGAAAUACUUUUAGAAUUUAGACGCUAAUGUAAUUGACUCUCUUUUGGCUUUUAAUAUUUUAUAAUUGAAUAAUAAGAACAUUUAUAAACUAUACUGUAUAAAUUAAGUGAAAAGGUAAAAAUACUUUUAGUAAAUCAAAGUUUUUAUACAUCUAGUGUACUUUUCAACAAUUCUAUUUCGACUAAAUCAAAUAAGGACUUCGAACUGUGAUGGAUAAGAAGAUAUCUUUAGCCGGAUUGUAUUCGGCAUAUAAACGAUGGGUUAUAAACAAUCCAGGAGCCGCUACCGAUGUAGAAACUGUCGCUACAUGGUCUUCAUACUUUGUUGCCGGAAAAAUAAACAAAUCUCCUAUUGUCUCUGAACUUGUUUAUUCAUUAUCAAAGUUACUGUCAUUGUUCAAUGACCGCUUAAUAAAAGAAGCUUACGGAAGUGACAUACUCCACUAUAGUUUACAAGAACAAAUUAAAUUAUGGCUGACAAUCAUUCACUACUGUGAAGUCUUUGUAGAAUUAGUUGUAAAAAACAGAUGGGGUACACGCGGAAAAUGGACUAUUGCAACUAUUCUGCAAUUAUUUAAAUGUUCUUCAGCUCUUGUUUUGCUGUAUAAAUAUAAUGACAUGCCAAUACAUCAUCCUCCUAUACCCAUCUUGCAGAGAAAAAAAAUAACAGAGGCAAAAGGUAUUGACGAUAAUUUAAAUACUUUCUUCACCUUAAAACGGUCUGGUAGAGUAGUACGUUGUGUAGAUGGAGCACCACCAAUUGCUUUACGUGACUGGCAACCAGUGAAAAUCAAGGAUGACAUAGCCUCACAUAAUCCAAAGGUUCAAGAAUUAAUUCAAGCUGAAUUAAUACAUAUUUUGAAACCAAUAGUUCAUCUCGCUGCAAUGAGAGUUUUUGGCACCCAGUCAUGGAAACAAUGGCUUAUAGCCCUGGGAAUGGAUGUAGCAAGUUUCAAAAUGUAUAAUCGACAUAUGAAUGAUUUGUCAUAUGAGCAAAGAUUAGAAAUAAGUCGUCGUAAGUUAGGGCUAAUUCUGUAUUUGUUACGUAGCCCUAUGUACAGAGGUUAUUCAAAGAAAGUGAUAGAGGGAGCAUUACAGAGUGCUGCAAAUUCAAUACCGCUGAUGUCAUUUGUUAGUGGUCCAGUUAUUCAAUAUUUAAGUCACUGGCAAGAUAUUUACUUUUAUAUGUGGGCAUCAUAGUUUUUUUGGUAACCUACUUAUAUGUACAUUAUAAAAUUUUAAACAAAUAUGUAUAUUGAUUUUCAUACAGUAAUGGGCUUGGUAACAGUUAUUGUUAAGUAAUUCAUUUUAUGGUUUUAAUAACACUAAAACAUUAUCAUUGAAACUCAACUAAAAUUGUGUUAACAAAACAGUCAUUGAAAUAAACUUUUAUAUUGACAUUAAAGGUUAUCAUGUUAGGACAUGUGUUAAUAAAAACUUAACCAUUUAGAUGUGUUGUACAUGUUUAGUUUUAUGUAAAUUUGCAAAGGAAUAAAAAAAUAUAUUUUUAUUUGAUUAAUUAUAACUGUCUUCUGAAAGGGUUGUGGGUAUAAAAUUUUUUUUUUACUUUUGUUUUGUAUCAAAUGUUAGUCAAUCACAGAAAAAGACUUAGAAAACUAAACUUAAUAUUAAGGUUGGAAGUGAUGGUUUUGCAUUCCUCAUUUUAAAAUAAUAUAGUAUAACUUCAUAUUAACAUCAUACUGUAAAAAUGGGUUCUGUUUAUAUAUGGUGGAUUUGUGUUAUUUGAAAUAUAACAUGCCAUUAUCAAGUUUAUAAUGUAAACAAAUAUGAAUGUAAAAUAAUGUAAUCCAAUAAAAAUAAUAUACUAUUAACUAA